AUUUUUUCUCGUUUGUCUUGUUAUUCGCUCGCACUGCAAAGUAAAGGCAGCAGCAGUUUGCGCUGACAUUUCAUUGAGCAUUCAGAAACUCAAAUAGCUUCGAUACGCGUACAUUUACUUUAUUUUGUUUUAUGAAUUUUUAGUAAAUUUUGUGUGCAAUAAAAUUGGAAAAAAAACAUAGAAAAAUAAACACCCUCGGAAAUGUGCGUGAAAAUUAGAUAAUAAAAAUAUAUUGCAAUGUGACUGAAAAUGAUUAUUUAUUUUACAUGUUGGCAUUGCAAUAACUCUGUUGAAAGCUAAUUUGUUAUGACUAAUCGGAAUCGCAAGAGAGCUAAAUAUAAAAAAUAUUUGCUGGAAAAAAAAUAAUAAAGUUGAAAUAAAUGAAUUAAUUAUUAACUACGACAAAUUAAAGCAAAUCGCAGCGACGUUAUAUAAAAUAGUAAAUAUAUUUAUAAAUUUGUUAAUCUUCAUCGGGCAGCGUACACUGGAAUUUACUGGAAAGUGUUGUUGCCGCUGCCACAGUCGCUCAGCAUAAUUUUCUGCUCGUUGUGUAAUUUAUUUUUAACAAUUUCUCAACCACUUAAAUUGUUUACGACUACGUGUACAUCAGCGAAAUGGCAACCGAUGGUUUUGAAUUUGUUGAAAUCGAUCCAAAUCGAAAAAUAGAGAACUCAAGCAGUCAACUGAAUUCUACAUCAACACCGAUUGCAGACAAAAAAAUCGAAGAACAGGAAACAAAUCUUUCCAAUAUAAUAGAAAAUAAAGAUAAUAGUAUAACUAGCGAUACCACUAAUAGCAUAUUACCAGCAUUGCCUUCCUCAUCCCGUCAGUUGUUUCACGAUACCGCUGCAGCACAUGGUGGCGAUGAAACCACAAGCUUCUUGCAACAUGAAUUGAACAAUACAGCAGCCACACAACAAACUCGGCUACGUAGCGCCAGCUCUACGCUGGAUGCUACUGUAUCGCGGAAUCCAUCGACGAUAGGCAAACACGAAAAGAAAAUCGGGCAUAGACGAGUUGAUGAAGGUGGUGAAGUGACAUAUAAAAAAAUACAAUCGAAACAAAUUAUGGGUUCCAUACAGUUGGGCAUACAACAUACUGUGGGCAGCUUGGCUAGUAAACCGAAACGUGAUUUACUCAUGAAUGAUUUUUGGGAAAUGGAAACUAUAUCUUUUCCACCAGAUGGUUCCUCAAUAACACCUGCGCAUCAUUAUAGUGAUUUUAGAUUUAAAGUUUAUGCGCCAAUUGCUUUUCGUUAUUUUCGUGAUUUGUUUGGUAUAGCGCCAGAUGAUUUUUUGAUGUCUAUGUGUGCUGCACCGCUAUUUCAGCUAUCAAAUCCAGGUGCUUCAGGUUCUAUAUUUUAUCUAACCGACGAUGAUGAAUUCAUUAUAAAAACUGUACAAAAGAAAGAGUGUGAAUUCUUACAAAAACUAUUGCCUGGCUAUUAUAUGAAUCUCUCCCAAAAUCCACGUACUUUGCUACCAAAGUUUUUUGGUUUGUAUUGCUUUCAUUAUAACUCAAAAAAUGUGCGUUUGGUCGCAAUGAACAAUUUACUUCCAUCGGAUAUUAAAAUGCAUGCCAAGUAUGAUCUAAAAGGUUCUACAUUCCGCAGAAAAGCAUCAAAAGUUGAAAGACAGAAAGCAAGUCCAACUUUUAAAGAUUUGGAUUUCAUGGAACAUCAUCCAAAUGGCAUAUUUUUAGAAACUGAAAAAUACAAUGCAUUAAUGAAGACAAUACAACGUGAUUGUAUGGUACUAGAAAGUUUUCAGAUUAUGGAUUAUUCACUACUUGUAGGCAUACAUAAUCUGGACAUAGCGCAGAAAGAGAAACGUGAAGAACGUAUACGAAACGCACGCGCAAAACUACAACGUUCUGAAGAGAUACGUGAGGUAGAUGAUGUUCCUGAACCAGAUCAUACACAAAUUUCAAUAUAUAAUAUGGCACCCACAUCAACUGCAGCACUAAAGGCGGCUGGUACCGCUUUGAAUCGCACACGCAGUAUGAACCGCCAACGACUUGUCGCACACUCAACAGCUAUGGAAUCUAUAACUAUGGAUCCGCCUAUAGAGGAAGAUGAAGAUGUGCCAACAGGUGGCAUACCAGCACGUUCCGAAAAUGAUGAAAGACUUCUAUUGUAUAUUGGUAUAAUAGAUAUAUUACAAUCAUAUCGUCUAGAAAAGAAACUCGAACACACCUUCAAAAGCAUAAUAUACAAUGGCGAUACAGUAUCAGUGUGUAGACCAUCAUUCUAUGCGCAGCGUUUUCAAAACUUUAUGGGCAAAACAGUAUUCAAGAAAACGCCCACUUUUCCGCUUAAACAUUCCCCAUCGAAGCGUAAGACUUCGACAGCGACAAACCGCACACCUCAACGCACUCCCUCGCAAAGUAUAACGUCACAAGUGCGUCCCACACUUAUGUCUGGUUCAUCUACACCACCGCCCGCAUUCGAUGAUAUUUCAGAAGAGGAUAUCACUGCCACUUCAUCAACAGGUGUACUACGAAGCUCAACGAAUUCACGAAAUUUGUUACCGCAACGAUCCCACAUAAGCUCAAAUCGUAGUGUACGUAGCAGUGCUACGGACGACUAUAGCGAUGAUGAAAUUGGGUCUGCAAGUGGUAUGCGCUCACCUCACACAAUACGUACACCACAACUUUCCAAAACAGAAGUGCAAUUAACAACAAUCGGUGGCAUACAAGAAGAUGUACUGUCCAAUCACACGCAUAACACACAGCAAGUGUCCAAUGUGGAGGUAGACGCAAAUGGCAAGCAGUCAGUAUCGACUACCAAAACAACUGUUAUUAAAGCUGUACAGGCACAAACAUACACCACGACGCUGGUUGUUAACGACGUCGCCAGUUGAUGUGGUUAAUUACAAUUAGCAAACCAAAAUAUCAGGGUAGCGGUAUUUCUUCCGGUUAAUGCCAGAAAAUGUGAAAAGAUAAAAUUCAAUCAACAAAAAAAGAGAAAAACAAAAAACGAAGCGUAGCUAGCGGCUUCCAAGGAUGUUUGCAAGUAGCCUUCCCUCUGCUUCUUCAGUUUAAACUUAGUAAAUUUAAAACAGAUGCUUUUCUAAUAACAAUUUAUUUAUAUUUUCGUGCUAAAAGUGCUAAGGAAUCUGGAAAUUAACCGCAAUUGCUGUUAUAAACGCUUUGCCAUUUAAUGCGCUCAGGAUGGUGUUAAGAAUUUACAAGCCACAAGUUCUCCUUCAUUAAGUCUAAUAAUCAUUUCAAGGAUCGUAUUCUAUAUUUUUUUUUCGUAAAAUUGAAAAAAAUUUAAGCACUUUACAUAUUUUGUGUAAUUAUUUUUA